CAGCCUCUAUUCAGAGCACAAACUUAGAGCUGCUAGCAGGAGCAGGCUUGGGAUUUAAACAACUCUCAGCAGAUGAGUCUGUUCAAGGGUCUUUUUCGGGUUUGUUUUUCAUCCUACUUCUGAUCCAUGAAAGGAAACCAGGCUCUUUCCUCUGGGCAAGCAAGUAAUGGGUCCAGCUGGAAAGAGCUUUCUGAUGGCACAGCUGUGAGUGAAACCAGCACAACAUGUUCAGUGUCGAGGACCUCCUGAUUUCUCAUGGAUACAAAUUGUCAAAAAAUCCCCCUGUUUCAUAUGAGAACAGGUAUGAUGGAUACCGGCACGAAGUCACGGGGAAGAGAUCUGCUCAGAGGUCAGCACUGAACGGGUUUGAGGCAGAAUCCAGAGCUGGGGCCUACAGCAAGAAACCUCUGGUGAAAACCAACUCGAGCAGCACUGAAAGCAGCCAUGGGAGCCAAGGGAGGCAAGCAGGUCCUGGUUACCACCAUGACCUUCAGGGUUUGUCCUCUUUUCAUACUUCAGAAGGGGGGGUUUGUGACAGGCCUCAUUUAGCACGAUCUUCCCAGCCCAAGACUGAUAAAGAUCUUGCCUACUGGAGAAGACGAGGACAGGACUUCAGUGUACUACUAGGCUAUUCCCAGAAAGCCAGCGUGGAAAUGAAAAGCCUGGCUGCAGCCCCGGGGGCAGCCCGGCACCCCAAGGAGAAUCAGCUGAAGGUAGGGACAGGCGCAGGACAUGUCAGAAGAAGCGGCUUUCAGGAGAGCUGUGAAGUGCCCAGCGACUGCAAAUGGCAAAAUCUGGGAAUGGAAAGCUGGAACCAGCCAAAAAAGGUAGGGAGGCAAAUGUCCGAGGGUGACAGGGAGAAGCUACUCCAAGAACUCUAUUCACUGACCCUGGGAGACAGCGUACUCAGCACCCACAGCAAGGGGAAAUCACAGUCAUUGCCGAGGGUCCUUUCACCUGAGAGCAUGAGGUGCGUGGAAAUGCCCUCCUUAACCAACAGUAACAACUCGCUCAGUGUAACUAAAACUCCCUCCUAUUCCCCAAACAGACUGAGUGUGGAACCAGCCAAGCACCAUGGAACAGGAGGCCAUUUCCUUCCCCUGGUGAAACCCAAGUAUGGGAGACCUCUCAAGCCUCCAUCCUACGAAACACAGCGGCAGACUAGGGCACCUGCAGAAACCGUGGGUUUCCAGGACCACUACCAGAAAGAUGAACCCACCUCCUACUUAGCCAAAGUUAAUGAGCCAAGGCAAGAUGUUUCCGUUCCAGACUCUGGUUUGGAGCCCCCAGUGUACGUACCUCCUCCUUCUUACAAAUCCCCACCUCACCAAACCAUGCCCCCACGUUCCCCCAGUGAAGUGCCUAAAACCGACACGUGCACCAGCAGCAAUCCACAGGGUGCUGCAGAGCGGGUCGUACCCUGCCAGCGACCAGCCAUGAAUACUUUUGAGGUGGUAGGUGACCCUUGCAAAGACAACCCUUUUCCUCAUGGGAAGCAAAGCCAUGCAAGGCGCCCUGCUGACCACCUGCGUUCUGUCCAGUACAUUCCCUUUGAUGAUCCUCGGAUACGACAUAUUAAAAUUGCACCACUGGAAGGUCUGCAGGACAACGCUAAAUACACAGAAAAUGCGUGUAGUCCCAGUUCUGGUGCUUUGCAAGAGAGAAAUCUUGAAGUACAGUACAACAGUGCCUUUGUGGAUGCAUCAAACUUGUCCAGUUCUGCAAAGGGAGAAAGAACUUCCUACAGCUCCACCCAUAGCAACAGAUGGUUGGCACCAUCCCUCCGAGAUCAGGAAAAUUGUGCCUUGCCGGACCAAAGAGACAGUUGUAGUUCAACUAAUCACAGCCCCCGUAACGAAACCAGCACAGAGUAUGUGAAAGGCAAACUUUCUGUAAGAAAUUCACAUAUGGACAGCACCUGUGAGACUGUUACAAAAGUGAAAAAGUUUGAACCUGGAACGGGGAUGCAGAGCAAAAAGAGUUCAAAGAAAAAAAUGAAUGAAACUAUAUUUUGUUUGGUCUCUAUCCCAAUUAAAUCAGAAUCCAAUCUGCCAGAUACAGAUAGGAACAACAACAUAACCCAGGGUCCUGAUAAGAAUGGGUUUGAUAACAAUGGGGCUUUGCAAGAACAAAGUCUCUUAAGUAUGUCUUCAACGGACUUGGAGUUACAAGCGCUUACAGGAAGCAUGACCAAUAAAAAUGAGUUACAAAAACAAGAGCUGUGGAGACCAGAAGAGUUCAAACAAAUGAAUGACCUCAGGUUUAUUCAGCCUACAAAACACAGAGAGCUCAAAUAUUCUGGCUCCUGGCCAGGUGAUCAGUACAAAGACCAGCAGACACAGACCAGUUUCAGUGAAGAACCUGAAAGCCCACAAUUUUUACAUGGUACAAAGCCUGGGCAGCUUGAUAGUAGCAAUCAGCUGUCUCCAAAACGCCUGGGAAGUACAGCAUCCAUGAUAGGGGCAAAACAGACAGGGUCACCUUCUGAAGAGAGAGACUGCAGGCAGAGCAGUUAUGGUAUGAAGGGUCAGAUGUACCUCAGCCAGUCUAGCAACAGUGCAUUUUCCAGGACUGCCACCUCAGUCCUUCAGGCCCCCUCCCCAAAAGCCCACCACAGCCAGCCUGUGCCUGCCCAGGAGAGGGAAAAUGGCCUUCUUUCCAAGGGAGAUAUAGUUAAGGGAGAACCAGGUGCUCCCUGCAACAGUAAAGAGCUGUUUGGGCAGUUCCUAUUGAAACCUGUAAGUCGUCGUCCGUGGGAUGCAAUAAGUGAGCUAGAAAGUUUUAACAAGGAGCUGCAAGGGCAGGAGGAGAGCACAAGCAGUGAAGAAGACUUGGAAAGUGCUGCAACUUCUUUGCAGGCAGGUGCCCUCAUGAAGAGGAGGACAUCCAGAAAUGAGAAAUCAAACGAGGAGCCAAAACGUGGUGGGAAAUCAGAAAUGGUUGUGCCAGAGGUGCCUGUAUUUAGGUCAGGAAGAGUUAAAAGUAAGUCCGAAAGUUGGAGUAUGGGGACAGAGGAUGGUGUCGAGCCAGGCUGUCUUGGCUCUAAACGCUCCUUGCAGCCAGGAGGGAGCAGUGAAGGAGUCAGGCCAGCAGAUGGAAGUCUGAUAACAGAAAUGGGGACAGGGGAAGCCAAGAGCAAAAUGAGCAAACAGCCAGUUCAUGUUGGCCCUGUCAAGAGAGCUUUGUCCAGUAGCUCAAGCAGUUCAUGUCACAGUAAUCCUUUCAAUAACCCUGUCUUGCAGGAGAUGAGUGAAGACCAAAAUUAUCUAGACUUUGUUAAACUGAGCAAAGGUGCAACUCCCACAAAUGAUACGGUAUUAGAGAGAGGCUCAGUAGGAUAUUUGUCACUAACAAAGAGGAACCAAGGGUGCUCUGAGCCAGAUUUGAGGUCAGUGGGACUUGAUGUGGCUCCAGAACCUGGUGCUAGCAACUCUGAUCACUCUUCAAAUGCAAAUGCAGUGGAAAUCCCCGUGAAUGAGUCAUUGCAGGCAAGAGCUGCAAGAAUUUUAGGUAUAGAUAUAGCAGUGGAGUCUCUCCUUCCAGAUGACCACGUUGGGCCCCACCCAGGCACUAGCCCUGCAAACGGUGCUCAGGACUUUGAGUCAUCAUCAGUGGAGAGCACAGUAAGUGACAAAGAAGGAAAAAAGGAGGAUUCUUAUGAAGGCAGACGAAAGUGUGGCUGGACAGAGAGUGCUCUCUUUGUCAGAGCCGGAGGACGAUCUUUACACCCUGAUGACUGCCAGACCACUCACCAGGAAGCCAGCGCUAAAACACGGGUAACUGAGCAAGCUCCAGAACAACCUGUGAGUCCCAGCCAAGGUGAGGACCAAAACUUGGUUUGCAAGUCACCUGUGUAUCAGCAUUCAGAAAAGAGGGUGAGAAGCACCUCAAAGGUGAUAGAGACACUUCAAGGCAAGCUCACCUCUCCUCCGAGCCGGACUGCCGUGGAUCGCUUAGUGCGGAUGAAAGAAGUUGACUCUGUGUCCCGUAUGAGACGUCUGAGCAUUAAGAGUGCAGACUCAGGAGAGGAGGUUGAUGAGGAGAAGCUGUCAAAGGUACAAGAGGAGAGAGGAAUCAAACUGGCAAGCUCAGGGGCUGUUUCCAAGCGUGUUAUCUCUCUCAGUGAAAAUGGAUGUUUAGGUGGAAUGGACAAGAAGAAGAUCAACAGAGAUUUUUCUUUAGAUACCUAUGAUCCCACCAAAGUUGAAAAGGUGUGACAUUAAUGAAGAGGAGAAUAGAGAGAUUUCUGCUCUACUAAGAAUGUUUCACUGAUUUUUUUUUCUGGGUGCUUUUUGUUUGGUUUUUGUUCUUUAAUGUCUGGAAGUUGUCUCCAUUUGUGAUGUUCAUGGUGUACUGACAAUGCCUUUACCACUGCCACUAGGAAUUAGCUAUUCAUAUCUGAAACUGUUGUGGAGACCACAGAAAAAUCUGACUUCGACAUUGAAACCAUCUGGCUUUGUAGCAUUUAAGACAAUACCUACCAUUGGCAAAGAGUUUUCAUCUGAACUGUAUUUCAGUCUUCAGCAGGGAUAGUGAAAUGUAUAAAGUGAGGCGUUACAUUGGUGUAAAUGUAAACGUGUGAGAUUAGGGAAAUGAUUUUUAAAAGAAUGUGAACCUAUAAGCUAAACUUCUAAGUAUCUACAUUCUAAAUUUUGUUUAACUUAAGGGAGUUAAACAUACUUAAGGCCAUAAGUAGAAAGUGCUGCUGCACUAUGUGGGGGAAGGAAUGUGAAAGAGUAGCGAAGACUGAUUGUGAAAUUAUUUCUGACUUCCAGAGUUUGAACUUACUUUGAUUAAAUACUUGCCACCUAGAGAGAAGAAAAGCAAAAACCCAAAAGCUUCUAAAAGAUGGAAGACUUUUGUAGUACAGUGUACAGAACAUGUAAUUAUAGUAGCUGGCAACUAGUGUUUCAAACCAAUGCAAAGUAUACCACUGGCUGUUUUGCACUCAGUAUUACCUAUUUUUGUUUUGCUGUUUAGAAAUUCUUUAUAUGAAAGAAUAGUAGCUGGUUUAAAAUAGCCCAUUUUAACAAAGUAACUAUAUUUCUUGUUACAGAAUACUAUCUAUUUUUCUACGAUGUAAACAAUUGCUAACAAGUGGCAAGUAUAAAGAAGUAUUAUUAUUAUUAUUAUAAUUAUAUUUUAAGAAGACUUAUUCCUCUGAGUGAAGGUGCCCCAAGCAGAUUUCACUUGUAUAUCUUAAUGCACACACCAUAUUGCCACUUACUCAGUUGUGCUACCUUAUUUUGUUCUAAAAAAGCCAUCUAUGUAUGUAUGUAUGUACUACAGGGUUAAUUCUAUUUUUUUCCCACUCAAUCCUUGGAUCGUUCUUCUUGGAGCCACUUUCUGAAACACAGCUGAGAACUGUCCAGACUGGUGUUGCUGACAUUUCCGUUCAUGGGCCAUUCAUUACCAAAAAAUGAGUUUGGAUCUUUGUCCCAGUGUCACUGAAUGGCUCAGAUAAAAUACCAGCUUUCUUUCUUAUACUUUGUUCCCUUUUGCAGAUUAUGAGUUUGGAUAUGGCCAGUGUACAAAAAUAAGCAAAACUGGGUUUAAUUCUUCCCUGAAGUCAACAGGGGUUGCUGGGGAGAUGUUCAGGUGUCUUCUUGAUGGCAUUUAAAUACAUGGCUUUAAAUAUAUUUUAUCUGCACACACAAAUGCAUGAAUGACAGAAUUUAUAAUAAAGCCUAUGCAUUCUGCCCUUUGAUCCUGAAUUAGCCUGCUUAGUAUCUGUGUCUUAAAAGCCUUUAUGUCCAUUCCUGUAUGGGUUUUUUUGUAAGUACCUGUGUACUAACAUUCUUCUGAUGAUUUGUUCAUGUACUUCACCAGUCUAUUCUACUGGCAUUUUCUGGUUUCUAGCAUAAUCUUAAUUUUUAGAGUCUUCUAAUUUCUUGAAAUAUUUUUUCCUAAGUCUGUAAUUUGGAAAGAACGAUGGGGAAAAACACUCAUCCUGUGUUUUGGCAGUAAGAAUUUCUUGUCUGUAACACAUGAUGCUGUUACAUAUGGACUAUUUAAAGCUUGCUUGAAAAGAAAAUGUGGUGUAUAAUUUAUUUUAUUAACUCUUGUGCAUGACGUGCAGCAAUACUUGUUGACAAACUGUCCCUACCACUCUUACUAUUUUCACCUUUCUUCGUCACCAUCUAGGACAUCUAGGGGCUUGUAAAUAGCUACAAAGCAUGUUUUGCCCCCUCCCCCCAGCCAAUACCCCCGACCUGAAUUCUGCCCAGUUCUGAAAGAACUCCAACUCUUGCCAUCCCACUUACCAGUAAAGCUGAGAUGCCUAGCAAUUAGUUGAAAGUUUUAAUUUAUCCUUGAUUUCUGGAGAACUGUAAAUGGUCCCAUAUAACCAGUCCUGCUACCUUCUGUUCAUGUCUCUGUGGAACAAAAGUUUUCUGUGCAUUUUAUUUCCUUCUGGAGUGGGUUAAUUGAUUCUGCAGCUUAUCUGUUUUAUCAGUCAUGUCAAGUAAUUACUUUUCAAUGCACAUAAAGAGAAAAGAUUAAAAAAAAAAAAAAAGACAAUAUUGCAGGGAAGGUUUUACUGGCCAAGAGUAAGAAAUUAAAACGUAAAAAGUGGGUAAGCUUUAUUUUGCAGUAGUAUGUGACUGACCAGAGGAUGGAAGAGUAGAGUUAGUGCUGCUUUAAAAAUGGUGUAUUGCUCCAACAACGCUGGUAGUUUCAUUUGGUACUAUGAUACAGACAACUGAGAAACACAUGGGGUACAGUUUUCUGAAGGAUUGUGCCUCAGUGUUUCUACAGUGCCUAUGCCAUGGGUAAAUACCAGCUGUUGGAGUGGGCUGGAUGGUACUUAAACCACCUUUCCAGAAACCCUUUACCAGUUUGCAAACAUCAGUGAACAGAAAGCCCCUUUUACAGCAGAUGUGGUUCAAAAACAGUAAGUGGGGAGUUUCAGUGCCUGUCACGAUGGGUGCAUACAUUGUCUUGGCAGCAGCUGUCACUGGAAGUGGCAAGAGCAGGAGCUCAGGGCUGGGCAGGUGCAGAGGUGGAGGAUGCAGCAGGCCAGGCUGCUUCCAGUGCCUCCUGCAGUGCAACACUGAAAAGCGAGGAACUUUGUUCUUAGGAGGAAGAGCAGAGCUAGAUCCUCAGAAAUGAUGCUUUUACAGGCUGCUGUGUACCCAGCUCGUGCUGCUGCUGUGCUGCUGCAGCUGUGGAAACGGGGGUCAGGGGAAGAGACUGGUUUCAUGAGCAUUUCCAGAAAUUCAUGUAGAAAAAAACCCACAAACCUGCCUGUCUUAUACAUUUUUAAAAAAUGUUUAAUGGAGAGACUCCUCAGGAGCUGGAUAGCUAAAGAGGACCUGCCCGUCUCCUUCCCUUACCCAUGUUGAAAUCCGGAAGGGACAGUCAGCCCAAGGGUUUGGUGGCAGGGAGAUAAGCAACGAACACAAAGUUCCAGGGUCCUAUCUCCUAUCUGAGGAAGAGGAGCCAGCGGUGAACUCCGGGUCUGCUGAACGGCCCUGGCUCCGCGGGCAGGGCAGGAUGGAUGGGAAGCGGGAGCGGGGUGCGGGCGGGCUCUGCCCGGGGCGGUGCAUCUGGGGCGGGGAGCGCGCUCCCUCCUGCGGUUCCCGAGCGCCAGCGGGAGGCUGGCUUCGCUCGGGAACCGCUCCUUGCGGACCCCCUUCCAGCCUCCUUGCUGGAGGAGUCUGGAACGAGACAAAGCGCGGUCUGAGCAGAACUCUUCAUUGUUUCAAAUCCCGCCGCCACCACAGCUAAAGGAGGCGGGAGGGACAGGAAGGCAGAGGAGGGAAAUGCGUCCGAAUGACUCGAGACCUCCGUGGUGGAAAUGCCCGGUGAAACCACACACCUGACCAAGCGUCACUCGCCAGUUAUUAACUCAAGAAACCAUCCCCAGGCAUAAGAAGGGCUGAUAUAUUUCAUACCAGAGGUUUGUCUUUAUUACAAACAACAGUAUCAUGUAUCAAAACCAUCAAGUUUCCUUGACUCCACUCCUGGUGUUGGGAGUUGGAUGUACUGAAACAUCCAGUGACUCUGGAAAAACAGGAAGGACAGCAUAUGCUUAAAGUGGUAAAGCCACAGAAUUAGUCUGUCACCCUUAGAAAAUAACCAGUCCCAUCAAGCUUAUUUACACAUAUAUAUUGGAAUUUAGUAAAAUAUUUCUGUUUAAUAUAAUAAAUCAGUAUAAAUACCUAGGGUCAACAUUCUGCUGCCUUUGCCACAUGCAAAGUGGCAAUGUUAGUUUUAUAGUGCUCAACCUUAUUUUUGGUUUAGAAUGUUGAUAUCUUCUUCACUGACCCUUUUCAAAGGAAAAAAACUGAGUGAUUGGAAGAAAAGUAGAAAUGAAAUGUUCUGGCAUUCUAAAUGGCAAAAGUUCUUGCAAUUGCUAAGUGGGCCCUUUUGUCCAGAUUCAAAAUCUGAUAGAGGCAAGUCUAUGUGAGAAGUGAAUCUUUACUUGGCAGGAGCCUUCAGUUCAAAGCAGACAGACAAAACAGUGCUGAAAGGAAUGGAAAGGACUGACAGCUUGUCACACUUUUGAAUGUUUUCUGUGAAGCUGUCCUUUUGGAAGACAUUAGUAUUUUCUUGGUUGAGGAUCAAACAAUUCCUCAAUUUCCCUCCACUGGCAAUAAGCCACAGUGCUUGCAGCCCUAAAUUAUGGGACUGAUAUUUAAUUACAAGUGGAGUCUACAAAAUUUAAACUUCUAUUCUUCUGCAUAAUCCAAAUAAAGGAUCAAGCUGAAGAUUUCAUGAGAUGAUGACUGUAUCAUUGAAUUCAUUAGAAAAAUUGUGAAAUUGUGAUUUCUUAUUCAAACUUGCAUGGAAAUGUUCACUCCACCUCCCCCUGCAGACCAAAUGAACCCUGAUUACCAUCAACUCUAUUUUUAAAGAAAAAAAAUGUUUCAAACAAAGAAAAAGGAAAAGCCUGAUAUCAAUAGUAAAGACCAAAACCACAAUGCUACCUCCCACCCAUGCUGAAAAAUGUGUUUGUAAUAUGACUUGCAGAGCUGCACAGCAGGGAGAGGGUGAAGGGAACUUAAGUCAGAAUUGACCAACACAUGGCUGAGAUUAGAAAUAAAAAUGAAAUUUCCCAGCCAAGAGAAACCACAAUAACAUACAGAUUAUAAAAUGAAGGAGGAACUUUCUACACUUAACAGCCACAAUCUCAGCCUUCUUUAGAGCUCUAGACCAGCAGAGAAAAUAAUCAGAACCAUUCUGAAAGCCAUUCCUGACCUAGAAGGAAAACAAGGGGAUAUAUAUGCUAGACAGUGUAUCAGUAUCCAUGUGUCUGUCCCUAUACAAUACAGAUAAUUCUCCACACCAACUUUUAAGAUACUGUGGCCUAUCUCCAAAACUAAUACUAUGUCACUGCCUUGGUUUUCUUCUCUAACUAGCCCACAGACAGAUUUAGCAGGAUAAAAAUAGAGGAAAUAGGGAUAAGCAAUUACAAUGCUAUUUAUAUGAUAUCAGAAGAUGAAUGUGUUUUAAGAAUUGUCUUUGUAUUUUUUUCUGGACAAUGCAAAUACUGUUUCUGGGCUUACAUGUAAACCAAAGGGGUGCUGUUAUUCAAGAGGAGACAUUCUCCAAAUAAAGAUUUUGCAUGGGUACA